ACUGGAGAUCCGGGCGUCCUUUGAGCUCGGUCGAAUGCUAGGGCAGGGCGAACUCAUUGGAAAAUUUGAAAUGUGGUGGAAUGAUGCCCUCGAACAUGGAGAUGAACCUUUCGGUGAGCGAUGUACUUCGUAUUCUCUACAUAUCUUCAUUGGUCGUAGAUCUGUCUUUCUCGCCUAUUCGAGGUGUCCGUCCUUGUCUCACGCUGAAGGCUACUUCUGUGCACGCAUACGGAAACGAGGAUACUGGACUAAUUGAUUCUAUCAUUGACUCCGAGAUCACACGGCGGACAGAUGCAGGCCAUGCACGUUUUCAAAAAUACAUGAAAAGCGAGCAUACCCCUCACCUGAACGGUUCUGUAAAUCAUUUCCGGUGGGUUUUGGACCAGUGUCCGGUCGGCCAUCCCGACCGUGCAGCCGCUCUCACCAACCUCGCGUGGGUUUGCCUUCAGGGCUAUAUUCAAGAGGAUCUUCUAGACAUUGACUCUACUACCGCUCUAUUGCGUGAGGCCCUUGCGUUGCGUCCGCACGGCCACCCUGACCAUCCCUUAUCUCUUUAUCAUCUUACCGAAGCGCUGAACUGGUGCCAUGAUGAUCAAGACACCACCACUGCAAUCCGUGAAUGUGCCCCACUCUACCACGAGCUAGGCACCUAUUUUUGUAGCAUCACGGCAGGGGACAAACUCGUCGAUUAUGUGAUUCAGGCAUGCAACGAUCUUCCAACGGACACAUCCGACGAAGGCAUCCAACUUCGACGGAUCGUGCUCGAGAACUGUCCGGUUGGCCAUCAACACCGUCCGGAUGCCCUCAGCGAGCUUGCACUGGCAGUUGAGGCACGCUUCGACCAACACGGCAGUAUUGAUGAUCUAGAAGAGAGCAUACAACUUGGUCGUGAAGUCCUUUCUCUGUUCCCCGAGGGACAUUCUGACCGUGAUGCCUGCUUGAACGACUUGGCUCUUUCACUCCAAUCCCGCUUUAAUAACCAAGGAAAAUCUCAUGACCUUGAUGAGGCCAUCUCUUUGUUUGAAGAGGGGCUGCGUCUGCGCCCUAUUGGACAUGAAUCUCGUGAUAUAUCAUUGGACUGCUUAGGGCUCGCUAUCCUCGACCGUUCCAAGCGACACAGUGAUAUUGAUGACAUAAACAGAGCUAUCAGCCUCUUUCGCGAGGCACUGACAUUGCGUCCACCUGGGCAUCCAAUUCGUGGUACCACACUCAACAACCUUGCCCUCGCGCUCGACACCAGAUAUGACGAAUUAGAUACCGGCGAGGAUCUCGAUGAGGCCAUCAAUUGGUACCGCGAAUCGCUUCAAUUAACGCGACAUGAUGAUCCAGAGCGCCAUUUAAAUCUUUCCAAUUUGAGCUCAACACUCUGCUCUCGUUUCACGGAAACUCGGAAUAACGAAGAUGUGGAGGAAGCCAUUGAUCUCUGCCAGCAAUCAUUGGCGGCUUUGCCUUCACUACAUCCUGAUAGAUAUUUCAGCUACAUACAGCUGCAGGAGGCCUAUUUGUCUCGCUAUGAGGUGCAGGACAGCCCUGCUGAUUUGCUACUCGCAAUGGAGAACUUCCGACUGGCGUCAAGACACCCCACUCAAGGCUUUCCAAAUCGCAUUCAAACAGCCUUAAACUGGGUUGAUGCAGCUGAGGAGCAUGAGCACGAAUCUGUCGUCGAAGCAUAUCACACAUGCUUGGAUCUUUUUGACAACCAUGUGAUGACGCGAUCCUCCAUUAUCUCACGGCGCGAUGCCGCAACCGCUUUUGAUGGUGCUCGAUCACUGUCAGUAGAUGCAGCGUCGUGCACCAUUCGUCGUAAUGAUCUGCAACGAGCAGUUGAACUCGUGGAGCAGGGCCGUGGCCAGCAAUGGUCGCUGGCCUCUCGACUCAGGACUCCAUUGGAAGACCUCGAGUCUGCAAGUCUACCACUAGCUCACAAACUCUCUGAGCUGAGCAAGCGCUUGUCUGAUGCCCAGGGUUCUACAGGCAUCGUAGACCGAGCUGCUGCUGACCGGGCAACAACAGAGUACGGGAGACUUACGAAGGAAUGGGACAAUGUAGUAGUUGAAAUUCGCGAUAUUCCAGGUUUAUCGCAAUUCCUGCUCCCGCCCUCAUACGAAGACUUGCAAGCAGCAGCGAGCCAUGGCCCAGUCAUCAUCUUCAAUGCCAGCAAGUAUUCGUGCGACGCCCUCAUCGUCCCAACGUCAGGGCAGCCCCACCAUGUUCCCUUCCGUUUUCUCGCCCUCGCAGAUCUCGAGAUGCUGAAGAAGGACUUCGCCAGGGAGAUACGGCACGCAAGUCUUAUGGGCCCAACAGAGCCGAGGAAGGAUUUACGAGUACUCUUGCGGAAGGUGUGGGACGUAAUCAUGCUACCAAUUGUCCAUGUCCUCCAGGAUGUCCUGGAAUUGCAGGACCGAUCUCGAAUAUGGCUGUGUCCGACGGCAGCCUUCACGUCCAUCCCUCUCCAUGCAGCUAACCCCUUUCGAAAGAAGGUAGACCGUUCUGGGAUGGAAGAAUCCCUGGAGGAUCUCUACAUCUGCUCUUAUGCACCGACACUUUCGGCGUUGAUAAGGUCUCGACAGACGAUGAAGACACGUGUCACUCCAUCCUUCGUGGCGAUUGGGCAAAGCGAACCGGGUGCCGGCCAAGGCGAGGCACUCUUGGCUGUUGAUAGCGAGCUCAAGCUUGUCCACAAGCUCAUCCCCGCAACAGCCAACCCCACCACUCUUUCUGGCAGCGCAGCUACGCGAGCAGGCGCACUCGAAGCUUUGCAAAACAAUACCUGGGUUCACCUCGCUUGUCAUGGCAAGCAGGACCGUGAACAGCCUUACCACUCCCAUUUCGCUAUGAAAGAUGAACCCCUCACGCUGCUUGACAUCAUGGACAACAAUGCUCCACACGCUGAGUUCGCUUUCUUAUCGGCGUGUCAUACCGCCGUCGGCGAUGAGGAGACGCCCGACGAAGUCAUCCACCUCGCUGCUGGUCUGCAGUUCUCUGGUUUCAAGAGUGUCAUUGGCACGCUGUGGGUGGUCGAUGACGCCAUCGCAAAAUACGUCGUUGAGGCAUUCUAUGAGGAGAUAUUCAAAUAUUCGAAGGAGGGGGACCAUGUCAUGGAUUGUACGAGGGCAGCCAAGGCACUUAACCAUGCUACGUACGCCGUGAAGAAGAUAGUCCCGCUCGAGCAGAGAAUAGUUUUCAUUCAUAUUGGUGUGUAGCUCCAUAUCGUAUCUUUUAUCUGGUGCGCAUAUACAAGUCUUUGAUCUUGCAUUCUUUUUGAUCCAUGUUGUACUUCAAGUUGCCUGUAGAAAUUACCCUGACAUGUACAUACUCUU